AUGGGAAAAUCGUCCAAGGACAAAAGAGAUAUCUACUAUCGAGAGGCCAAAGAAAAGGGCUACAGAGCGAGAUCUGCGUUCAAGCUUCUACAAAUUGACGAGAAGUUUAAUAUCUUCGAAGGCGUAAACCGUGUGGUGGAUCUAUGUGCUGCUCCGGGUUCCUGGUCCCAAGUUCUUAGUCAAAAGCUUAAUGAAAACAAGAAGGACGGUCAAGAUGCUAAAAUUGUGGCAGUUGACCUCCAACCUAUGAGUGCUAUUGAAGGCGUGACUUGUCUUCAGGCUGAUAUCACUCAUCCAAAGACGUUACAAAGUAUAUUGGAGCUUUUCGGAGGUGAACCAGCUGACCUUGUCGUCAGUGACGGUGCUCCAGAUGUUACUGGUCUACAUGAUCUUGAUGAGUACAUUCAGGCACAGCUUAUAUUGGCUGCGCUUCAGCUCACAACUUGUAUUCUUAAAGAAGGGGGUACGUUCAUUGCAAAGAUCUUUAGAGGAAGAGAUAUAGAUUUACUCUACAGUCAGCUAGGGUACUUGUUCGACAAAGUUGUGUGUGCCAAGCCACGUUCUUCUCGUGGAACAUCUCUUGAAGCGUUUGUCGUGUGCAUUGGUUACCGCCCAAGGCCUGGUUGGAACCCUCGUCUUGAUCUCGAUAAGUCCACAGAAGAGUUCUUUGAAAACGCAGGUAUUGGUAAGAGCUACAUCAAAGAAAACUUUGAUACCGCUGAUGAAGAAGAACGUUUCAUCCCUGCUUUCGUUGCUUGUGGUGAUUUGAAUGCUGGAGAUUCAGACGCCACAUACGAGUUGAACUCCAGCAUAGAAAAACAAAAUCUUAGGCCAGUACAGAUGCCUACGGCGCCACCUUACAAGAAGGCCUUGGAAAUGAAGAGAAAAGGUGAGCUCGUAAGACGAUAA